AUGUUCAACAAAUCUUACUCUCUUAUUUUUUACAAACAUUCAAUACUUCUAAUUGAUCUGUUAAACUAUUUUUUACCGGCCAGUUCACAGUGCAUCGAUCAAGGGUCACAUUAUCCUGAAAAUUUCGUUUGGAUUCAAGAUGAACAUUUCAACGUGACAUGUAGAAAGGGUAAAAUUGAGGUACUGAACUGUGUAAGCGAUCGUGGAACUUUGAUACCUCUUAUGACGCCAUCAUUCUGGGAAAAUGAUAUCGAGUAUUCCUGUAUGGACGAUGAUGUCAAAAGUGAGGAAGGAUCCGGAGAAGAGGACAUUCAUAAAUGCAAUGGUCAAGAAGAGUACUAUCACAAUCAUUUUGUUAUUUCAUGUAUCACGAAUAAGUUCAUAGCGUGCUUAGAUAAAAAUGGUGACACUUUGAAAGAAGGGCUUUUUCUGUUGGAACACGGACAACUCAAGAACUGUUAUAUCUACAAUAAUGGCAAAAGGGCAAGAAUUGAAAAUAAAGGUUGUUUUAAUGGAACAGAAUAUGAUGACAUCAUGAAUAAAUCGUUACACAUCAAGAAAUACGCGAUUUGGAGAGAAGGUAAUUAUGAUAUGCGUUGUGGUGAUGCUGGGAUACACAUCUACAGAUGUCACUUUGGUAACGAUAAGAAAAUAUACGCGGGAACCGCUUGGAUCGAUGCAACUGGUGCGAUACAUGUUUGUGGUGAAUGA